CAGCACGCAGUGACGCUGGAGGCUGUUUGAGGUGCAGCCGGUCUGGGGGUCGAGCCAGGCAAACACACACUCACACACUUACACACACUCACACUCCUUUAUUCUCGCUACCCGGAGAUACGCGGAGGCUGGAGAGCGGGCACGGCGGCGGGGAGAUCAGCCUGGGCCGGGAAGGAGGCGUUCCGUCCGCGUGCGGGGAAGUUGUGAGGCUCCGUAGUAGAGCGCGAGCAUGUCUGCUGAAGUGUGAAGAUUCAUGCCCAGGUGAUAUAUUUGCAAGAAAGGGAAGGACAAGACUCUUCUACUGCCAUUUUGGACCAUGGUUCUACAGUGAAGUUCACUACACCUACUGCAAACCCAGGGCCCCUCUCAGCAGAGGCUUGUGACAUUCUGCAAACAAGUCCUUGGAGACAGGGCGUGGACGGGAAAAGUGUGAAAAGUUGAGGAUGAGUGUGUAAAUCAGCCUGAAACAACUGCAGUCAACUUCCUGAUUCCUCUCUUCAUAAUUCCUGAAGCCCUCCUGGAGCCUGUGAAAACUAGAGAAUAAUGUUUUUUUUGUCUCAAAAGAUCAAAAAAGCUCUUCUUUUGGACAUGAUUUAAAAAAAAAACCUUUGUGUUUUGAGACUAUGCACCUGUGGUUACUGGUGUUACUGGAACAUACAUAUAUUUGCUGAAUGAGAUUUCCACAAUGUCGUGGAAAAGGAACUACUUUGCAUCUGGCAGCAGUGGGCUGCAGGGCAUCUUUACCCCACGGACCAUGACGUCCAUCGCCCCCAGCAAAGGGCUCAGCAAUGAACCAGGACAAAACAGCUGCUUCCUCAACAGUGCUCUGCAGGUCCUGUGGCACCUGGACAUUUUCCGGCGAAGUUUUCGGCAACUAACGACACACAAGUGCAUGGAGGACUCGUGCAUUUUCUGUGCUCUUAAGAGCAUCUUUGCCCAGUUCCAGUUCAGCAGUGACAAGGUGCUGCCAUCAGAUGCUCUGCGUACUGCUCUGGCCAAGACCUUUCAGGAUGAACAGCGCUUCCAACUGGGCAUUAUGGAUGAUGCUGCUGAAUGCUUUGAGAAUAUCCUGAUGCGUAUCCACUUUCACAUUGCUGAUGAGUCCAAGGAGGACAUCUGUACAGCCAAACACUGUAUUCCACACCAAAAGUUUGCCAUGACCCUUUUUGAGCAGUGUGUUUGCGGUAGCUGCGGAGCAUCAUCAGACCCUCUGCCCUUCAUUCAAAUGGUGCACUACAUCUCCACCACCUCUCUCUGUAAUCAGGCUGUGAGGAUGCUGGAGAGCAGGGAGAAGCCAACGCCAGACAUGUUUGGGGAGCUGCUGAGGAAUGCCAGCACCAUGGGAGAUCUCCGCAACUGUCCUGGCAAUUGUGGAGAGAAGCUGCGUAUUAGACGUGUUCUCAUGAACUCUCCAGAAAUCAUCACCAUUGGCCUGGUGUGGGACUCGGACCAUUCUGACCUGGCCGAGGAUGUCAUCCACAGUCUGGGCACCAUCCUGCGCCUCGGAGAUCUUUUCUACAGGGUGACCGAGGAGAAAGCCAGGCAGGCAGAGCUCUACCUAGUGGGCAUGGUGUGUUACUACGGCAAACACUACUCCACCUUCUUCUUCCAGACCAAAAUCCGCAAGUGGAUGUAUUUUGAUGAUGCGCAUGUAAAAGAGAUUGGGCCGAAGUGGAGGGAUGUCGUGUCUCGUUGUAUAAAGGGCCAUUACCAGCCGCUGCUGCUGCUCUAUGCUGACCCCCGGGGGAAGCCAGUGUCUGUGCAGGACCUGGCGUCUCGUCUAGAACAGCACCACUUCACCAAAACCUAUUAUGACAGCGAAGACUCUGGCCGUGAGCCAUCCAUUUCGAGUGACACACGAACAGACUCCUCAACAGACAGCUACAGCUAUAAGCAGUCCCACUCACACCACGAAUCACUGGCCUCACACUUCUCCUCCGACUCCCAGGGAACCGUUGUGUGCAACCUUGACAACUCUAACUCACACAGCAGCUUAGACACUACAGGUCCUUUGACUGACAGUGAGCAGACACAGCGCCACACACUCCGAAAAGGUGGAACAGCAGACAGAAAAAACGGCAUUCUUGAUAGGAAAAGGAGCACCAUUCGCCCGUGGAGAUUUGAGGAAAGGAGCCGAAGCUCAAAAACUGACGAGGUGUGUUCUGCAGGAUACCACAGUGAAGGAGAGACUCUGAAAGAGCAGCAGGCCCCUCGGGCACUACCCAAGAGCUCCAGCCGCCUGAGGGACUUUAAAGAGACCAUGAGCAGUAUUAUCCUCAGCCGACCUCUCUCAGCCUCCUCCUCCAGCUCAGUGGGGCCCCCCGAUACUGGGGCCAAGAGCCACGACUGGGAGGUCGACAGCACCAGUAGUGAGUCAAAGUCAAGUUCGUCUGGGGGGCGCUAUCGGCCAGCGUGGAAGCCUCGACGUGAGGCUCUGAACAUUGACACCAUCUUCAGCAAGGAGAGACGUAGGCAGGCCGGCUAUAGCCCGCUGGGCACCUCACUGCCCGAGGACACAGGGCUGCAUGGAGCGAUGCUGGGGUCUCUGCAGAAGAUUACAUUUAAUAACAAUGUUGCGUCCAAGACUCUACCGCUGUCCCAGAGCAAAGGGUCAGAGCAGCCACCCCGACUCAUUCAGAGAAUGGAGAGUGGAUAUGAGAGCAGCGAGAGGAACAGCAACAGCCCUGUUAGCCUGGACAUGCCUAUAAAUGAGGGGGCAAGUAAUGGCCUAACAAGUCUGAAAGAUGCCAUUUUGAUAAAGCCUCCUCCCAGUGUUGGUCCCUCCUGGAAGAGUGUACAGAAGUCUAAGAGCAGCAGUGCCCUUCUGCAGGAUGUUAAAGCUUCUGUCAAAGGAAACAGUCACAUGAGUUUAGUGGGAGAGGGCAGAAGUGAACUGGAUGAGCUUCAGGAGGAGGUGGCACGCAAGGCCAAGGAGCAAGAGCUCCAAAGGAAGAAGGAGAAGGAGAGAGAAGCAGCAAUGGGUUUCAACCCCAGACCCAGCAAGUUCAUGGACCUGGAUGAACUGCAGCACCAAGGGAAGGGGGACGGCUUUGAGCGGUGUGUUCUGGAGGCGGAAGCACUGUUAGAUCAAUCUCUGAGGCUGGAGCAGGCAGGAGAGGUUGCUGCUGCUAUCUCUGUGGUAAAUGAAGCAGUGUCAAAACUCAGGCAUCCCAUGCAUGAGAGCAGUGCUAACGGACAGGGCAGGACAGGUGCUGAGGCCCGACUGCAAAAGUGUAUGCGGAGAGCACGAGGCCUGCAGCAGCGCAUGCAGCAGCAGGAGAAGCAGCAACAGCAGGAGGAGAAGGAGAAGGAGAGGGAGAAGGAGCAAGAGCAAAAACUGCCUAUCAGUGUCCAGCCUGUCAAGAUCCAAGUACUUCUGACGGAAGCUCAAGAGGACGUUGUUGAAGCACUGACGGAAGCUUCCUUAGGCCCGCCUUCAUCGCUUCCCAUAAUGCCUCAUUCCACCACUCCUUCAUCUCCAGCCCCUUCCAGCCCUUGGCAAGCUUCACCCAUCCAUUCCACAGACCCAGGGCCCAAGCACCAGGGCGGUUCAGGAGACAUCCCUGACCACCCUGCAGUAACUGAUAACGGACAGAAUGAAUGGUCACUUUCAGACUCAUGGGAGCACUCCACUGCACCAACUGCUUGCAUACGAUCAGCCAAUAAAACUAGCGCUCCUAAGCCACCCUCACUGUCUAGAGAUAGCUCUUCUGCUGCCCCAACACAAUGGACCAGCGAGCAUCCUGCUGUGUCCCAGAACUUCGGUGUUCUUCAAACACACUUGCGUGCCCCCUCCUCAUCCUCCAAACAUUACUUCGACCCAGAGGAGACACACAACCCUCCGUCCUCUCAGCAUAGCCGUGUUCCCGACAGCAGCCUGUCCAGCCCCUCCCCGGCUCCUCCACCAGCCACAUGCAGCAGACCCUCUAGGAGCCUGGGGCACACAGACACUCCCCAAACAGCCCAAACUCCCCAGCAGCCUGUGCACUACUCCCAGACAGACACCUGCAUUGCACCCCGCCCUCCAUCGCCACCACAGGACCACAGUGCAGCCAGGCCCAUGCCUGUAGAACGCUGGGCUGAAAAUGUCAACAGAUACUACAACUCCCAAAAUGCUCUGCAGCCAUCCUGUGGCUCACCAUGCGAGGAGCUGUCUGAGCUGGAGACGCUCUACAGGGCCAGCCUGCAGGUUUCCAGUUUGCCUCGGGGACACAGAGGGCCCAGUCCUCAAACCAUUGGGAGACAAGGACCUGCUGCUGCUCGCAGACUUGCAUCUGGACACUCUGGCAGCCUCGGCCGCUCUAAAACACCCACUGCAGAGAUUGAGAGGAGUGCUUACAGGACGCCAGCAUAUACCAGCACUCCAACACACAGACCUGUGACUGCUGCAGCGAAUGAGGUACAAGUGGAUGAGGAUGAAUUAUACAGUGCUGAGAAUCUGCGUCGUAUUGCACGCAGUUUAAGUGGGACUGUCAUAGCAGGACGAGCUGACAAUCUUGUACCUUCUCGCAGUCUUGACCCUCCUGCCACAAGGAUGGCCAAGCAUGCGGAUCCACGACCAAUCACGCGCCAAUUAAGCACCUCCCUGCAUGCCGCACCCCUAUCCCACAAUCCUUCAGUGUUCACCCACGAACCCCAACACCAGUACCUCCACCUGCUUCAGCAGCAGCGUGCUCCACAAGCACCUCCAUGCCAGCAGGCACUGCGGCCCAGUCCACUGGGGCCCUCUCACGGACACCCAGGAGAUUCCCAAAAGGUCGACAAGUUUCUGGCUGUGUUUGACCGGGGUGAAGCUCUCGCCCGUGAAAACUACCACAGUGUUGCAAUGAACUAUGGCACACUGCCCCGGGCUCCCCGAAGGUCUGCCCCUUCCGGGUCCACUUUGCCCAAGGCCAGAGUUGGACCUGCUGCUGGCCCUGAGGCCUGGAACUAUCCAGACUCUGGCUACGCCACCUUGGCACACCCACGCCGUUCAGCACCUACCAGCAGACUCAUAGAGGCUCCUUAUCAGCCGUUUCAGCACCCAGGCCGGCCCACUCAAACAGCCCCGCGCAUGAUCCCACAGCACCAUGAGCCUAUGGUCAAGCCCAUGCGUCUUGACGUGCCCCCGGAGUGUGACUGGAGGACCACUGACUACAGAACAGCUCCAGUGGAUAGCCCAGCAUUCUCCAGACCAGAUCCCCGCACCAGAUCACUCCGUGGCUUCCCAUCCCCACUCUGCUCACUUUGCCAACAGAGCCCAGCUGAACAUGGGCUCAGCCAGUGCCAGACCUGCCGGUCCUACAUGAACCACUAUAGGUCAGCCAGCUGAGGCUGUAUUACAUCAUGAAAAUGCCAGCUUGUCAUUUUACAUUAUUCAUCCACAUGCCAAUGUUAUACUGCUGCAACAGUCAGAGUGAUGCCAGGCUCUUUCCAGUCAUCUCAUUUAUCUGUCCUCUUUCCCGAAUUCUACUUUUAAUAUUUUACGGCAAAACAACGGCCUCUGACUGGAGCUCUGACGCUUCAAAUCUGCACUGUGUGCAUCCUGUUGGCUGAAGAGUUGGAUUUCUUUUUGUCAUGAAGCAUUUUGAGAUUUGUUGACUUGACGCAAGGGAUGGAGCUUCAUCCAUUCUUUGAAUGAUUUGCCAAUUUGUGAUUGGUAUUUAGAACUUGGCUUAGUGACAAAGCUACAGUGUUUUAUCUAUGUGAAGAGCAUGUUCCUUCAUGCCUUUUUAUGAAGACAAAAGCACAAGCUCAAGCUAAAGACUGAGAGAGAUAUCUAUUUUUUGAUUACAGAAUUAUGGGCCUCUAUUAAAGAGCUGAUUGUUCUUUCUGUAGUACAGAUUGCUGAAUGUUACACUGCUUAAUGGUGUGAUGAGCAGAAUGUUCCAAUAGAGCAUGGUAUUUAGAACGUCUUGUAAAAGUGAUGAAGUAAUAGGAAGAUGUAGAAUGUUAAUCUAUGACAAGAACUGAGAUGAUUCAUAAUGGUCUUUGUGUGGAAAAAUGCCUUUUUUCUUAGUAGUGGUUGAGGCGGCACUUGCUGUGUCUUCCAAGGUCAUGACUGCCAGAUUCUACAUGAAAUAAUAGGCUUGUCUAUUUCACUGUAGAAAUCUUCUGUGUACUGGGGUAUUAAUAAUAAUCACAUACCAAUUUAACAAGGCAAGAUAAAUAUCUCUCGAAGCUGAAUAAGCAGUGUUAACACUCCACACUCGAGGUACAUCAUAUUGCUUAUCGUUCAGUAAUUACAUUGGGAGUUUUUUUUUGGAAUUGUUUUCAAGGAGUUAAGAAUGAAGGUUUUAUUCCAAAGGCAGGUAGUGGGUUAUUAAAAAGUGUCCACAUUUGUGCAGUGAUUCUUGCAUUUUGUGUCCUUGAUAAAUGACUACUUCAAUUACAAAUUCAGUGCUUUAGUACUGAUAUAUUUAAGUGUAUGAUUCAGGUUGUUUCUCAUAAAACAUGUGUUUUGACAACUUGAAGCUAGAUUUUACAAAUGAUCACACUAACACAAAACCUUGUAUUUCACUUUUUGGCAUAAUUAUGGUUGCACAUUGACUGUGUGAUGUGUGUCUGUUUACAGCUUUUUAUCAAAUUUACAGUUUAUGUGUAGCAACAAAUCUUUGCAACUUUGUUUUCUGUAGGAAUAAACGAGGUGCAAAAGUGCUGGAACCCUUAAAAUAUAACAAUUGAUACAACCUUGUAACACCCAGACAUCAACAUUCAGUACUAGUGGAGCAACCUGAGAGAUGCCAUAGCAACUGCCUAGCAACACAAUAGCAACCACUAAUCAACAUCAUGGCAACUGCAUAAAAAAACUAUAGCAAACACCUUGCUACUCAUGGCACCCAUCUAACGUCUUCUUAGCAAUAGCACAUCAAUCCCCUGGGAUACCCUAGAAACCAACAAACCAUAGAAAAUACUUGAAUUUGAAUCUUGUCCCUUUUUUGCCUUUGGAGAUACAAGGUUUAUGUGUGAUUGUGACUACAUAUUAUAUCCAAACGCAGUAGUUAUUUCAUCUUUAUCUGGACCAGAAUAAGCUGCAUGUGUGGAAGACCUGCUGGGGUUGUUGUGUGAGUGUACCUACCACAUUAACUCCUAAAUAUGUCUUACAGCGAUGCUUGUGUUCAGAGACGUUUUAGAACAGUUAUUAUUGCUUAGCUACAAUAGCUACAUUAUAUAGAUAUAUAUAUAUGCAAUGUUGCAAGCCCUGCAUUAACAGCAUAUGCUAACACUACUUGGUUUUGUGAUUUUGCUUGACUGUUAACACUGAUUUAGUGCACUUCAAAAGUGUUGUUAGAAAUGUACCUCUGUUGUAAUGUUUCCCAUUAUUUUGGGAUCUUUUAAAAAUAUUUCAAUGUUUAUAUGUGUAUGCAUAAUCUAUAGAUCUGUAUCCUGAUUAAACAACUAUAUUUACUGUUUUCUAUUGUGAGCUGAUGCUGAAUAUACAGCCUAUCAGUAUUUCCUGAAGUACUAAACUCUCAAACAAGAUAAGGAGGAAAAUUAAAACUGUUGAUUGGCUUGUUCUUGAUCUGUUUCUAAAUCAUGUACUCCUUAGAAAGGACUGCUUCUAAUAAUGUUGUUAGUGCUUGUUCUAAUAAUUCCAAAAAAAUGUUUUUAACAGUUAAUUGAACUUUGUGUUUGAUUUGCAUAAAAUAUAUCAAUUGUAAUGUGAAAUAUUGCUUCGGGUUAUAUUUAUGAAAGGUAAAAAGGACAUUUUCUGAAGCCACUGAGGAGUAAAGAUUGUGUGUUUUGUGCCAGAUCCUUAAUAUUAACAUCAGUGAGCAAGCUUUAGUAAUUUUCCAAAAACAUGAUUCCAGCGAGAUUUUUACUUUUGAUAUUUUCUCAGUUGAAGGCUUGUUUCUGUUAUAUGAAGGCUAAUAUUUUCGUUGAUGUUGAGUUUAUUUGCUUUAUAAAGGUUUAUAAGAGUGGAGUGCAGGGUGAGUGUGCCUGUGCAGUGCCCUGCUGUGCUGUGCUGUGCUGAGGGGAUUGGAUUGGAGCCUUGGCCUGUAUGCAGUGCAGCACUGCCCCCCAGUUUUAUUAGCAGACCACAAAUACAAGUGUCUUUUACUUUUAUAUUUUCUUUUUCACUCUUGUUUUUUAUGGAACGACCAGGCAAAAAACAGUGAACGAUGUAAAUACAUAUAAGUAUGUACAGAUAUCCAAAGUGUUCAGUCUUGAACAUGGGGAGAAAUCUACUUUGAAAAUGUACCUUUGUAAAUGCUGUGGUAGAAAAUUGAACUUGUAUUUUUGCAAUAAAGCUGUAUUGUGCUCUAGUUGGGAGCAAAAUUUAAA